AUGCGUGGAAGAAUAUGUAUUGUCACUUUACUAGCGUUGCUCUCAGCUGAAUGUUGUCUUUCGCUGUUGAUGAAGAGACCUGGAGGCACUGAGCCGGUGUCUGUGGAGUUAGCCGAAGAAGGCGUGGAGGCAGAAGCAGCUCCGCCUUCCUCUGCAUCUCGUUUUAUUGAACUUUCUCACAAAGCAAGAGCAAGAAAACGCUAUUCGCAUUGUCUAGAAGACGACUGCAGAUUCGCUGCACAGAGUGCGAAGACGAGAAAAACCAAAGAGCAGAAACUCAAAAAGAAAGCGAAAAAACUAGAAAAACAGGCGAAGGAAGAGAAGAAAAUAUAUCUAAAAAAUCAUACUGAGGCAGAAUAUGAUGUGCUUAAAUACCAGGCCAUUGUUGAGGCACUACAGAGGGAAAAUGCAGCAGCACCAGGAGGAGCAGAAGGAGGCGAGGAGCAGCAGCAAGGCUAA